UGGUGGAGUAAUUAGCCCGGGUUGUUUCCAGUCAAGCAUAUGGAGGUGUGAAAGAAGCACCAGGGUGUUUUGUGAACGUGUUCAGAGUGUACAGGCCUGAUAAAAUGAAUUAAAUUAGAGAUACCCUUAAUUGCACGCUGACAUUGCAAUAUUAAACAGGAAACAAGCUCUUCAGGGUUUUGGUCACAGGACGUCUUGAGAUGUCAACCACCUCCCAGAAACACAGAGACUUUGUGGCAGAACCCAUGGGGGACAAGCCCGUUACAGCUCUGUCUGGGAUUGGAGAGGUUCUGGGGAAGAAGUUGGAGGAGCAGGGCUUCGAUAAAGCGUUUGUGGUGUUGGGUCAGUUCCUGCUGUUGAGGAAGGACCAGGAGCUGUUUGCUGAGUGGCUGAAGGACACUAGUGGAGCUAAUGCACGGCAGGCUGCGUCCUGUUCGCAGUGUCUGACCGAAUGGUGCGAUGCCUUCCUCUGAACUCUCGUUGUCUUUUGGAACAAAUAACCACAUUUUGUAAAAACUGUUACACAUGCAUUCUCUGUUUAUGGAAAUUUAGGCCUGUUGGGAUGUGUAGAUGUAUUUAAAAACUAUUGUUAAAAAGCUUGUUUAAAUAAGUUCUUAUUACAGUUUAUACAAAGAAGAAAAUAAAGUAUUGUUUUCAAUGAC